GCCAUAUCCAAUACACACUCUCUAUACCUCUCUCUCUCUCUCUUACUAUCCCAAUGGCGGCGACUGCGUUUAGGAUCCGCUUCAUGUGGUUGGCCGUUACGGUUUCCUUUAUGUUAACCGUUACAAACGCCAAAAUUCCCGGCGUUUAUACCGGUGGACCGUGGCAGAACGCACACGCCACCUUCUACGGAGGCAGUGACGCUUCAGGCACCAUGGGUGGUGCGUGUGGGUACGGGAACUUAUACAGCCAAGGAUACGGUGUGAACACGGCGGCUCUAAGCACUGCACUGUUCAACAACGGUUUCAGCUGUGGCGCUUGCUUCGAGCUUAAAUGUACAGAUGACCCGAGGUGGUGUGUCCCCGGGAAUCCAUCGAUUUUUGUGACGGCUACGAAUUUUUGUCCACCGAAUUUUGCGCAGCCUAGUGACGACGGUGGAUGGUGCAAUCCGCCGCGAGAGCACUUUGACCUGGCCAUGCCGAUGUUCCUUAAGAUUGGUCUGUACCGAGCCGGCAUUGUCCCCGUCUCCUAUCGCAGGGUACCUUGUCGGAAGCUAGGAGGGAUAAGAUUCACAAUAAACGGUUUCAGAUACUUCAACCUCGUUUUGAUAACCAAUGUCGCCGGUGCUGGAGAUAUUAAUGGAGUGAGCGUGAAAGGAUCAAAUACUGAUUGGGUGAGGAUGAGUCGGAACUGGGGACAGAACUGGCAGUCCAACGCUGUCCUCAUCGGCCAAGCUCUCUCAUUCCGAGUCACCGCCUCUGAUCGCCGUUCCUCCACUUCUAGGAACGUUGCUCCUCCCUCGUGGCAGUUUGGCCAGACCUUCUCUGGCAAGAACUUUCGAGUCUGAACCCAAAAGAUCAAGUUUACUUGCAACAAUACUCAUAUGCUAUUUAAGUUUUUUUUUGUAUGAGAGACAAAGAAAAAAGUAUCAUCAGACAUUUUCCAGCCCUGGGUUUUCUCUUAAUUUCAUGGGAAAAUUCUAGUGGCUCCGGGAAAUAUUUCCCUUUUAAUGUUUGCGAUUACGAGUGAUUUGGUUUGUUUUUUGUUUAUUUUUCUUUUAUUGUUUCGUUGGAGGCAUUUUCUGCUAAUAAGCCAAAGAGUUUUUGUUCUUUCUUCGUUUUCCGUGAUAAAUUAGAGAGUCAAGAAGAGGUAGAAAUAUUCUAUGUUCGAGACGGAUGGACCGUGAUCUACUCAACCAACUAUGUAAUGGGCCACUGGGCUAGGUUUAUGUUCGAAAAUUCUAUGAUCUAUUAGAACAUAAAUGAAACUCGAUUUCAAAACCAGUUUGCGACUAAUGCGAGCAUGUGACCGCGUGCUUAGAGUAAAUCUAAUUGGCUGUAAUUUUUCUAUCCCAAACAAGUGGUUGAUUGGUUAUGGAGACAAGAGGUAAGAAAGUCCUUUAUGUUGGAAUGUACUAUCAUGUGAACAGAGAUGAAAUUUUAUAGAAG